GUUAGAGUCCUCAAAGCGGUCGUGGACCGCGGUCGCGUGACGGUGGCUGCCUGGCCCCCGGUCUCUUCGUGAGACACGGCUGUGGCAGACCUUCUGACCAGGCUCCUCCAUAAAUCCAGGCCUGAGAUCCUGUCUUUGCAUAGACGUGUGAUGCCCUAGGCAGGCGUGACCGCCGGCGCCCCCUGUUGGAGACAAAGAAACAUUGGCUCACUGGGUCAGGGCCCCCCUGAGAAGACGGCGCUCUAGGCAGCCGCCUAUGUCUCCUAGUGCGUUUACCUGCACCUGACAUUCUGCAGUCGCGCAUUUUCAGAAGCUGGUGGUUCCCUAGCAGGACAUGGGAAACUGGACAAUGUACUGGGAAGAGUGGGGAGGAUGCUGGGAUGGAGCUGAAGUGCCAGGAAUGAGCCGCAAGCAGCUCUGUGGACUGUUUGUGCUCUCAGAGUCAGCUCCCUCCCCCCCCCAGCUUGGCAGCUUGACGCAGCUCCGAACCUGCUGCCAAUUCCAUCACCAUCCAGAAGGGAGCGGCGGAGGAUGGUGUGCAGGGCAGAGGAACCGAAGUGACUGUUCCUACAUCCUGAGCCCAGGGGUUCCACUAGAGAUUCUGGGCCCCAUGAAGGCAUAUCAAACUGGGCCCCCACCCCAGAACAAUCCAAUUAUGUUCCAGAUUUUUUAUGGCCAUCAAGAUGUCCUAGGGCUGGGCAGUGCAGGGGUCAAAGGGCAACUGAAUUUCGCGAUGGGCAGCUCCUUGUUUCCCGAUCGUAAAGAACGAGGAGAACCAGGAACGGUGACCUUCAGUGGAUGGCAGGAAGCCAUUCCCACUCGUCCUGGGAGGGUGGGGGGUGAACUGGGUAAGCUGGUCCACUGGGAAUCUCCAGUCCUCCCAGUUAGCCCCUUGGAUGUCACCUGGAAACGGAGCAGCCGGGCGGCUUCAGCGAUGGCCUCUGUUAGCAGCCACUCUGCGUCUGAGGAUCGUGCUUCAGGAAAUGGGAACUGGGACAGAGCUGCCUACACUACGGCGCAUUUCACGUCCCAGGCAUCGCUCUUCGGCGACAACAACGCGGGCCUUCUGAGGCGGCGAUGUCGGCGUUUUGACUUCCCACCGAGGACGACGACCUGCUCCUUUCACAUCUGGCUUUGUAGGACCUGGUCAAAUUGA